CUGAGGCGUCGGCGGGGCGGGGAGGAGCGGGACAGGCGGCGAUGUUCGUGCAGGAGGAGAAGAUCUUCGCGGGGAAGGUGCUGCGGCUGCAGGUGUGCACCAUGGAGGGCGCCGAGUGGCUGGAGGAGGUACCCGAGGACACCACGGUGGAGAAGCUGAAGGAGCGCUGUCUGAAGCACUGUGUGCCUGGGAGCUUGGAGGAUCCGAAAACUGUGACACAUCAUAAGUUGAUACAUGCUACUUCUGAGAAGGUGCUAACAGACACAAAAACAGUGCUGGAGGAGAACAUUCAAGACAGAGAUGUCUUGCUCUUAAUAAAGAAGCGUGCGCCACCUCCGCUCCCCAAAAUGGCAGAUGUGUCUGCAGAGGAGAAAAGGAAACAAGAGCAGAAAGCUCCAGAUAAGGAUGCUAUUCUCAAAGCAACUGCAAAUCUGCCCUCUCGCAAUGUAGAUCGCACUGUGGCCCAGCACAACAUGAGGGAUUUUCCUUUUUUGCAGUUCCAGACAGAGCUCCGGAAGAUCUUAGUUUCUCUCAUUGAAGUUGCACAGAAAUUGCUAGCACUGAACCCAGAUGCAGUUGAACUAUUUAAGAAGGCAAACGCCAUGCUGGAUGAGGAUGAGGAAGACAGAGUGGAUGAGAUAGCUCUGCGGCAACUUACAGAAAUGGGGUUUCCAGAGAGCAGAGCUGUCAAAGCCCUUCGAUUAAAUCAUAUGUCAGUGACACAGGCCAUGGAGUGGUUGAUAGAACACGCAGAUGACCCUGCAGUGGAUGCUCCGCUGCCAGGUCAGACGCCUUCCGAAGCUGCAGCUGAAGCUGGUGCAUCCUCUGCUGAAGCAACUGCAGGUCCAAGUUCAGAAGCAGAUGGGGAAGAAGCCAAAGAUGAGCUGACUGAAAUAUUUAAGAAGAUACGAAGGAAAAGAGAGUUUCGUCCAGACCCACGGGCUGUCAUUGCCCUCAUGGAGAUGGGAUUUGAUGAAAAAGAAGUGGUGGAUGCACUCAGAGUAAACAACAACCAGCAAAACGCAGCCUGUGAAUGGCUGCUGGGAGACAGAAAGCCUUCUCCAGAGGACUUAGAUAAGGGAAUUGACACGAACAGCCCUCUCUUCCAAGCCAUCUUAGAAAACCCAGUGGUACAGUUAGGGUUAACCAACCCUAAAACUCUACUAGGGGCUGCUUGCCCGCUGCCUUGGAUGAGCUCCUUUGAAGAUAUGCUUGAAAACCCCUUGAACAGCACUCAGUGGAUGAACGAUCCAGAAACUGGGCCUGUCAUGCUGCAGAUCUCUCGAAUCUUCCAGACGCUGAAUCGCACGUAGAGGGGAAUGCCAGACCACUGUGCCACUUCCUGCUGUCCCUUGUGUCACCUUCUCAAUGGGGAGGGUGCAUGGAUUGUUUGGGGAGGGGGGGGGAUGCUGUCUGAGUAGGGGUCUCACGUGAGAGCUUAUGUAGUUAUGGCCAACUGAAGUUAAUUGCCUUGUGAAUUUAGUGUUAGUGGAAGAGGUUUGAAGACUUGUCUAUGUUUUCAGGUGUUAGGUUAAAAAUAAAGUGUAUCAAAAAAUAGGAAAAGGUUUUGUGAAAACAAUUAAGAAUAUGCUUGUCAGAAAGAAAUAUGAUAUUGCUUGUUAAAAAAAGGCCUGUGACAGUAGUUUUCUAGCCAGUUUUACUAGCAUCUGGCUAGCGUUUACAAAAGGUCACUGACCACUAGCAUAGGAUAUUAAUCAUCUCCAUGCAGUAUUAAUUUAUGGCUAUAUCAAAUGACAAAAUGCUUUUAAAAAUUGAUUCUUAGGAAAUAUUUUUUAAAAGCCCAAAUAUUGGGAGUGCAAGCACAGUUCUGUCCAGACUUGUUUGUCUUGCAUAAUGAUUCAAACAGAAUAAUUCAUAGAUGGAAUUCGUCUAAUAAAUAGCAUUACUUUUUCCUAUUUAUUUCCUGCAUUAGUGUUCUUCCAGCCCAACAUUAGUUACACUUCUCAGAGGUUGUCAGCUAUGUUAAAGAUGCAGCAUCUCUUUGAUGGCAGAACUUAUUACACCAACACUUGGAUUCUCCAGUAGGCUGCAGAUCAUAAGGUUAUCCUAUGCCAUAUCUUAGUGCAAGGGGGGUAUUUUCAUGUGGGUUUUAUUUCCAUUCUGUGUGCACAGUUUUGCAAAGGGGAACUUGUGCUGUUGACUGUUUCAAACUGUUAACAAAAAAGCAACUCAUUUGCAUGGAUUUCCCUUGAAUGGUGAUCUGCAAAGAAGCAGAAACACUUUGGGUUUUGUAUUCUGUAUUAUUUUUUAAUGUAUUUAAAAGCACGCUCCAAAUUAAUUACUUUGGCAUAGAAGUGGUUGUCCUCGACGCUUUCUGUUUGGAAAUAUCAAGAAAGUCAGGCCAUGUCUUUCUUAGUUUUGUUGGAAGAGUGGAGAUUUCAGACAGGUGCCGUGAGCUUUUAAGAACUCACUGGUGAAUAUUGAGCCCAUUUCUCAUGGUUGGGCCAUGCAGGCUUUUGUUUGCAAGGCAGUGAAACGCAGCUGACGUCUCACAAUCCCUGCUGCAGUUGUGUUGUGUAGCCUUUUUCUUUUUGAAAGGUGUCUGUCAAAUAGAUCCCAGAUGGCUCUGCCAAGUUCCUUUCUGAGUGUAUGUUUUUGUUUUAAGAAGGAAAAUGCUACAAGAUGCAACCUGAAACCCUAUGACAAGUUUUGGCCUGAACUUGGCACCUCGUCUGUGCUAUUGUGCAGUCGAGGCACUGAAGUUGCCAAUUUCUCAUAAUUAAGAUGAAGGGUGGGGAAACAAAACAGCAUGAGAUUUUAUCUUGACUUAGUAUCCCAGGAUUUUUUUUUAAUUUGUUAUCUGUAGUUUCAUGUUAAGUUUUAUGGUUCGCAACUGCUGAAAUAUUUACUUUUGUGUUUAGAAAUGCCAGGGUUUAUAGAGGCGUUUGUUCAGGUUGGUUGUUCCAACACCCAGCUGCUCCUGGGGCUGCCUGCUGCCGCUGCCAAGGCACUGUGGGUGAUGAAUUUGAGCAGGCUCUCUGGUUUUCGUGUGGUUGAAGCUGAAUGCUGUCUGACCUCCUUCACAGGAGCAGAGUGGCUCCUCCUAAGCGUGAAGAUUCUGCUACUCGUGCAUUUCUGCAGAGUGCAGCACUGCCAGGAUCUGCUACUGCGCUUGUUCUCUGUGUCAGUUUGGUAGGAGUGGUAAAAGUUAUCAGAAUUGCCUCCCUUGGGAUGCCAGAACAGAGUCAGAGCCACUGCUGGCUUAUAAGGAAGAAAGUAUGAGUAAAACAAGGAAUGCACGUCUAAUAGGUGAAGGUAAGGAUGCCAGGGUUCAACAACAUCACCUGGUGCUAUAGCAGCAGUUAGAAAUUGUGUGGAUAAAGGAAUACUGCAUCUUUAAAAUGUGUGAAAGCUUGAGAAUAUGUGGUUGUUUCUGGCUUUGCUUAUUUCAGAGCUCAAAGCUUGUGUAGCUGAAAUGUUGGAGGGGUUAAGGUUGCAGUGGCGUCUCUGAAAGAGGCCAGGACUUAGGAGGUGUGAGGUUUGCAGCAAGGCUUAAGAGUUGAACUGAAGGAAGCCAAAACUGCCCUUAAGGUUGAACAAACCCUUUGAGGAGCUAAUCAAGACACCAGCAUUGUUCUGUGGGUAUGAAUUGGCAGCAGACUUGAGGAGCUGUGUGUCCCUGUGACAACUGGGUGUAUUGCUGCUUGAUGAGUUACCAGUGGGAGGAUGGCUGCAAGCUCAUUAUGCUUGUAGAAGCAUUGAUUUGUCCCAAUUUUUACAAAAUCUGCAGAAAUCUUGAUCACUGCUUGUUAGUCAGAACGUGUGGAGGCAGAUCUCCAGGCCAGAGGAGUCUCUGUAUUAGGAGUGCUUCCUGGGCACAAACCUGCCUGUUCUGUGGCUAAAGGAUAAAAGGCUGACGGAUCUGCUCUGUAAGCGAGAGGUCCCUAAGCAUAUUGGAGUAGAAGUUUUUGUUCUAAUAAAUAAGUUAAUUUCGUGAAGAACUACUCGUGGGAGUAAGGAUUUACAGGUUCAGGUCCUGUGCUUGCAUCUCUGGUGUUCACGUUGUAACUAGUAAAGAUAUGCCAUGUGUAAGUGUCACAUAACAGCCAAAGGAACGACUGGAAGCCUGUGAAAUCAAGGAGAAAUAAGGAAAUGGAACAGUAGGUGGUUCUUACAAUGCAGUGUCUAUUCCUUACAGCUCUCCUAGCUCUUUCCCCUAUCCACUGAUCAAGACAAUCUUCUGCCUUUUGAUAUUACACGACUCUUGAAAGCUGGCUAUUUAUUUAAAUAGAUAUAAUCUAUAAUUUUGUCAUCAAAACACUGAUAUUUUUAAUAGAAAUGUAUUGUGUGGAAGUUUGUUCUCAGGGCUUCGUGUUUAUCCUCGAGGGGGGUGCACUUAAAGGGAUGUACUUGGAAAAAGUGCCAGUGGCCACUUUGCAGCUUGGACCUUGGUCAGUUGUGGUCUGUGAGCCUGUGAGAUAGCAUAAUGCUCCUGUAAACCUCUAGGAACAGUCCAAAGAAAAUGCCAUUCUUUUCUCAGUGUGAGCAGUGGCGUGAGUCUUCCUUUCAGAUUGCUGCAUCACUGUGUGGAAAUGGCCACAGCAGAUCAUCCUUGCACGGUGUGCUGAUCUUUACCACCAUUUCAAGGACACCUCUGUUCUCCGUGCAGCUGGACAAUAAACUUGCACUGUUUCCAAAGCAGUCAUCACUGCAUUCUUGCUCUUCUGGGAAAGUGCAAGGUUCGCUCCUGCAAGAGCUGUGAAAGCUGCUGCUAAUUGCUCGCUUUGGGCUGCUCCCGGCCUGUCCCACAUGUGUCCCAGAACCUUGACCCCCAUUUCUCUCCUCCCUCUCCUGGAACCAACUUGUCUUUUGAAAACUGAUGUUCAUAUCCAAGACGCUUGGGUGGUGAUAGGAAUCCUUUGUACUUGAGACUGUUAGUUUUUGGACAUUGUGAUUCACGCGCUGAGGACCUCGAAUAUAUUUUGCAAGUUGUUUGAAUAAGCAUUGCACCAAAGGAAUGUAUUGUAACACUGUCAGCAAACGUUGCCUGUAGGGGAGAUAAGGAGGUUCCCAGUGACUUCAGCAGCAAUUUUCUUGAAGUACAGUGAGCGUUUCCAAAGUUCUCCCCCAUUUUUCUACUUGCAGUAAGUAGCAUUUUUAUUAACUGGCAGAAUAGCAGCACUUGGAGCUGGAUCUUUCCAUCCAGUUGUAAGUCAUUAUGCUUUAAGGCAUGAGCAGACCACUGACUGUGUCCUCUCCUUUGGGACAAUUGGUUUGCUGUCAGAAUUAGGACAGUCAGUGAGCUUGGCCAGGAUGGCAGCCCCAGUGCUGCAGAGGAAGGAGCAAGCAGUGCACAUCGUGCCUAUGUGAAUGUGUUCUCAUGGCAGUCGUUCUCACCUGCAUCCUGAUAACGAAAGGGGGUUUGAAGGGCCUUUUUUCCUAGAUUUAAAGAUCUUCAAUGCAGAUCCUGUUUGCAGCAUGUGAACUUCAAUAAAUAUAGAUGCAUUAAAUGAUUUCCGGAUUUAGAUAUAGUUUUAUAUCGUGUUCUGGGGAGAGGGAAGAAAUUGAAUCAUGUUUUAAAUGAAGCCCCACAGAACAAAGUGUCUUUGCGGUGGAUGACAGAGGCCUGUGGAGAUCUUUAACUUGCAAAUUUGUGUUGUAAUUUAACAACCUGUACAAGAAUGUGAUUUGCCAUUCAGCACUUACCACAAAGUAGCACCAGUAAAAUUAUAUCGCGAUUUCACCUGUGUAUAAAAUCAUGAGGUAUGGCAUAUGAUAAUUUUUAUAUGAAGCUGACACUGGUGUGUGGCAUGCACAGCUGUUUCCAAGAUGUAACAUUACUUUUAUGAAGCUUAACUAGGGCGGACAUCGCUGAGCCUGUGGAAUUCAGGGUUCAUUCUGGACACGCUGAUGUGGGUCACUGACUUCUCCCUGCCUGGGGAGCCCGGCUUCGCCCCAAUACGGAGCCCUUCAGACAGCAAGGAAGAAGUGCUACUGACUUGUUUUUCUUCUAAAGGUUUGCUGUUGUCCACUGAAGUAUUUUCCUAGAGGUUAUUGAGGUCUUGAGCUAAGCCAGACCUGUUCAGAUUGGAACAGUUACGUACCUUUAGCAGGUGGAGAAGUCAUACCCAUGAGCAAGACUGGAAUGAAUGCUGAGUCUUUAAGCCUGCUCACACAUACACACUAAAGACACUGAUGUUGUGUGUGCUGUAAAUUUAUAUUAUAACUUAAAAAUAAAGGAUUUUUGAUUUAUUA